CCCACGUGACAGCACCCGUUCAUUGAUAUCGGCCCGUGCGCCCCCCUCCCUCCUCUGAUAAGGACAGAGUGUAGGUAAAGGUUGGCACGGUCACUCAGGGUAAGAGGGGAGAGAGGAAGAGAUCAGAGGGUGUCUGUAGAGCGGACGGUCCCGGUAGAACAAUGCUACAAUGAGCAGCUUGCUAGACUACUCGGUGAUGAGCGGUGAAGGUGGCUCAUGCUCUGUCAGGGCUUUCCACUCUGACCACGGGAUAACAACUUUCCAGUCCUGCGCGGUUACUGUCAAUAACUGCGGGGCGGAUGACCGUUUCAUGGCGAGCAGGGCUUCCCCUGACGGCAUUCCUCACCAGCCGGGGUCAUACCAGUCUCCAGCGAGCUCCCUGGGUCUCGCCUACGGGGCCCACCCGGCCUGCAGCUCCGGCUACGGACCCCAAAGUUUCUGUGCUACGUAUAACAAUUACGCGCUCAACCAGGAAGUAGACUCCACAGCUGGAUUUCCCCAGUGCGGCCCACUGAUGUACUCCGGUAACAUUUCCUCCUCCGUGGUCUCCCAGCAUCGCCAAGGUUACAGUGCCGCCCCCCUGGGCCAGCUGCAGUAUGCCCACGCUGCCUACGGCGGCGGGCACGAGCAAGCAGCCCCCUUUUCAGGGUGCUCAAACCCGCUGUCACCCCUGCACGCAGCUCACCUGGAGGCUUGCUGUUCACCUCUGUCUGAGGGUGCAUCCUCUGCACAGACCUUCGACUGGAUGAAAGUCAAGAGGAACCCACCAAAAACAGGCAGGUCAGGGGAGUACGGUUAUGGGGGUCAGCCGAACACGGUGCGGACCAACUUCACCACCAAGCAGCUAACGGAGUUGGAGAAGGAGUUUCACUUCAAUAAGUACCUGACCCGGGCGCGGCGCGUAGAGAUUGCCGCUGCGCUGCAGCUGAACGAGACUCAGGUGAAAAUCUGGUUCCAGAACCGGAGGAUGAAGCAGAAGAAGCGGGAGAAGGAGGGGCUGCUGCCGGCCAAAGCUCCAGCCUGCGACAAGGGAGAGAGAAUUCAAGAGAAGAUGGAUGAUGCAACAUCUGAGAAGUCUAUCUCAGCCCCCUCUACUCCUUCUCCCACGUCCUCCACGGUGUCUUCCACGGGGGCUGAUCCUUACUCCUCCAGUUAAGAAUCAACUGCCUCUUUACCUCUUUGGGCCUCAGGCGUCCUCAAUAUACCAAAGCUCAUGCCCAGUGUAUCAAAGCCAAAACUCUGGUUGAUGGGUAACUUAUGUGAACAUUAAGAACGGGUUAAUGCACUAUUAGGAACUUUGGACAAUAAUAUGGACCAUUGUGGGUUAUAGAUUUGUUUUAUAUUGUAUAUUGUGUUUGGAGGAACCAGAGAAUUGCUGUCCAAACAAAUGUAGGUCAUGGUUGAAAAUGUGCCCACUUCCUGUUGAAAUUUGACGUUAAAUAAGCGUUGGUCUACGACUAUGAUGGUGCAAAAGAUAUCCAGUACUUUCCUUACUCCUGCCCCUGACUAGUGCUGCUGAAUGUGCCAGUGUAAAGUCGCAAAGAUGCACACACACAAACAAAUACCUCAAAUGUGCCAAAGUUGUGCGUCAGGGCCACGGCCAGGCUGAUUGCACUGGAUGUCGUCAAUUAGACAUCACACAAUCAACGAGAUGACCUCGUUAGUUAGUCGUUAUAGAGUGCAUUGUUACAGUAGCUCCUUAAUCACUGUCACCUCUGUGUUUCAGGCCUGUGAGGCUGCGUGUCGCGACUGUCUGAGUGUCUAUUGUGUGAGAUUUGCAUGAUGCGUAAUGCUUUCAUGUAUUAUUAGCGGGGCGCUGAGUUUUAUCAGUGGGAGAACCGGUCAUUGAUGGCAAUGUAUG